CCUCUCCUCCAUCCUCCUCCUCUCCUCCAUCCUCCUCCUCUCCGCCGCCGCCGCCGCCGCCGCCAUGGGGAACCGGGGCAUGGAGGACCUGAUCCCGCUGGUGAACCGGCUCCAGGACGCCUUCUCGUCCAUCGGGCAGAACGCCACCCUGGACCUGCCGCAGAUCGCCGUGGUGGGGGGCCAGAGCGCCGGGAAGAGCUCCGUGCUGGAGAACUUCGUGGGCAAGGAUUUCCUCCCUCGCGGCUCAGGAAUCGUCACUCGGCGCCCCCUGGUGCUCCAGCUGAUCAACUGCCCCACAGAGUACGCGGAGUUCCUGCACUGUAAGGGGAAAAAGUUCACCGACUUCGACGAAGUUCGUCAGGAAAUCGAAGCAGAAACGGAUCGAGUGACGGGACAGAACAAAGGAAUCAGCCCCGUGCCCAUCAACCUGAGGGUGUUCUCCCCCAACGUCCUGAACCUGACCCUGGUGGACCUGCCCGGGAUGACCAAGGUCCCGGUGGGGGACCAGCCGGCCGACAUCGAGCAGCAGAUCAAAGACAUGCUGCUGCAGUUCGUCACCAAGGAGAACUGCCUCCUAUUGGCCGUCUCCCCGGCCAAUAGCGACCUGGCCAACUCCGACGCCCUGAAGGUCGCCAAGGAGGUCGACCCGCAAGGUCUGAGGACGAUCGGCGUGAUCACCAAGCUGGACCUGAUGGACGAAGGAACCGACGCCAGAGACAUCCUGGAGAACAAGCUCCUCCCACUGCGCCGAGGUUACAUCGGCGUGGUGAACCGCAGCCAGAAGGACAUCGACGGCAGGAAGGACAUCACGGCGGCGCUGCAGGCCGAGAGGAAGUUCUUCCUGUCCCACCCGUCCUACCGUCACCUGGCCGACCGCAUGGGCACCGCCUACCUGCAGAAGGUCCUCAACCAGCAACUGACCAACCACAUCCGGGACACGUUGCCGGGGUUACGCAGCAAACUGCAGAGUCAGCUGCUCUCCAUGGAGAAGGAGGUGGAGGAGUACAAGAACUUCAGACCCGACGACCCGAGCCGCAAGACCAAGGCCCUGCUGCAGAUGGUGCAGCAGUUCGCGGUAGACUUUGAGAAGCGGAUCGAGGGGUCUGGGGACCAGGUGGACACGUACGAGCUGUCAGGAGGAGCAAAGAUCAACCGCAUCUUCCACGAGCGCUUCCCCUUCGAGCUGGUGAAGCUUGAAGGUGAUGAGAAAACACUGCGGAAGGAAAUCAGUUACGCCAUCAAGAACAUCCACGGAAUCAGGACGGGGCUCUUCACCCCGGACAUGGCCUUUGAGACCAUCGUCAAGCGUCAGAUCGCUCAGAUCAAGGAACCGUGUCAGAAGUGCGUCGACAUGGUGAUCAGUGAGCUGGUCAACACCGUGAGGCAGUGCACUCAGAAGCUGGCUCAGUAUCCUCUCCUCCGGGAGGAGAUGGAGCGAAUCGUCACGCAGCACAUCCGGGACCGGGAGAGCCGCACCAAGUCCCAGGUGCUGCUGCUGAUCGACAUCGAGCUGGCCUACAUGAACACCAACCAUGAAGACUUCAUCGGCUUCGCAAAUGCUCAGCAGAAGAGCAGUCAAAUGAAUAAGAAGAAGGCAGCUGGAAACCAGGACGAGAUCAUGGUGAUCCGUAAAGGCUGGUUAACCAUCAACAACAUCGGCAUCAUGAAGGGCGGAGCCAAAGAGUACUGGUUCGUCCUGACGGCCGAGACGCUGUCCUGGUACAAGGACGACGAGGAGAAGGAGAAGAAGUACAUGCUGCCGGUGGACAACCUGAAGCUGAAGGACAUCGAGAAGAGCUUCAUGUCCAGCAAACACAUCUUCGCCCUGUUCAACACGGAACACAGGAAUGUCUACAAAGACUACCGUCAGCUGGAGCUGGCCAGCGAGUCCCAGGAGGAGGUGGACAGCUGGAAGGCGUCUUUCCUACGGGCCGGAGUGUACCCUGAACGCAGCGUGGACAAAGAAAAGGCGGAGGUGGAGGAGUCCAGUACUGACGGUCAGAUCCACAGUCUGGACCCUCAGCUGGAGCGGCAGGUGGAGAUCGUCAGGAACCUGGUGGACUCGUACCUGUCCAUCAUCCACCGCACCGUCAGGGACCUGAUCCCCAAGACCAUCAUGCACCUGAUGGUCAACAAUACUAAAGAGUUCAUCCACGCUGACCUGCUGGCUCAGCUGUACUCCUGUGGAGACCAGAAUACCCUGAUGGAGGAGUCCCAGGAACAGGCGCAGCACCGGGACGAGAUGCUGCGGAUGUACCACGCCCUGCGCGAGGGCCUGAACAUCAUCGGGGACAUCAGCACGUCCACCAUCACCACGGCGAUGCCGCCGCCGGUGGACGACUCGUGGCUGCAGGUGACGGGGAUGCCGUCGGGACGCAGGUCCCCGAUGUCCAGCCCCACGCCGCAGCGCCGGGCGCCUCCGGGACCGCCACGACCCGGGGGCCGCUCCGCCCCGGGACCCCCGUCCCGCCCGGCGGUGUCGCCCGACCCCGGACCGCCCUCCGUCCCGUCCCGGCCCAACAGAGCGCCUCCUCCCGGAGUGCCCAGAAUCUCUAUCAGUGACCAGUGAGGAGUUCUCCAAUGUCGUCCAAACAAAGGUAGCCCCGCCCACGGCGAGAGCCCGCAGUCCUCUGUGGAGGGUUGAC